AUGCAGCACUGGGCCCGGCGCCUGGAACAGGAGAUUGAUGGUGUGAUGCGGAUUUUUGGAGGCGUGCAGCAGCUCCGAGAGAUCUACAAGGACAAUCGGAACCUGUUUGAAGUACAAGAGAACGAACCACAGAAAUUGGUGGAGAAGGUGGCAGGGGACAUUGAGAGCCUGCUGGACAGGAAGGUGCAGGCCCUAAAGAGACUGGCAGACGCGGCAGAGAGUUUCCAGAAAGCCCACCGCUGGCAGGACAACAUCAAGGAGGAAGACAUCAUGUACUAUGACGCCAAGGGGGAUGCUGAACUGGAUGACCCUGAGGGUGAAGAUGUGGAGAGGGGAUCCAAGACCAGCACGUUAAGGUUGGACUUCAUGGAGGACCCAAACUUCAAGAACAAAGUCAACUAUUCAUACACGGCUGUUCAGAUCCCCACAGACAUCUACAAAGGCUCUACUGUCAUCCUCAAUGAACUUAACUGGACAGAGGCCCUGGAGAAUGUCUUCAUCGAGAACCGCAGGCAAGACCCUACACUGCUGUGGCAGGUCUUCGGCAGUGCCACGGGAGUCACCCGCUAUUAUCCAGCCACACCAUGGCGAGCCCCCAAGAAGAUCGACCUGUAUGAUGUCCGAAGACGACCCUGGUAUAUACAGGGGGCCUCGUCACCCAAGGACAUGGUCAUCAUUGUGGAUGUGAGUGGCAGUGUGAGCGGCCUGACCCUGAAGCUAAUGAAGACAUCCGUCUGUGAGAUGCUGGACACACUCUCUGAUGAUGACUAUGUGAAUGUGGCCUCAUUCAACGAGAAGGCGCAGCCUGUGUCUUGCUUCACACACCUGGUGCAGGCCAAUGUGCGUAACAAGAAGGUUUUCAAGGAAGCUGUGCAGGGCAUGGUGGCCAAGGGCACCACAGGCUACAAGGCCGGCUUUGAGUACGCCUUUGACCAGCUACAGAAUUCCAACAUCACACGGGCUAACUGCAACAAGAUGAUCAUGAUGUUCACGGACGGGGGCGAAGAUCGCGUGCAGGAUGUUUUUGAGAAGUAUAAUUGGCCCAACCGGACGGUGCGCGUGUUCACGUUCUCUGUAGGGCAGCAUAACUAUGAUGUCACACCCCUGCAGUGGAUGGCCUGCACUAACAAAGGUUACUAUUUUGAGAUCCCUUCCAUCGGAGCCAUCCGCAUCAACACACAGGAAUACCUAGAUGUGUUGGGCAGGCCCAUGGUACUGGCAGGCAAGGAAGCCAAGCAGGUUCAAUGGACGAACGUGUAUGAAGAUGCACUGGGGCUGGGGUUGGUGGUAACAGGGACUCUCCCUGUUUUCAACCUGACACAGGAUGGCCCUGGGGAAAAGAAGAACCAGCUAAUCCUAGGUGUAAUGGGCAUUGACGUGGCCCUGAAUGACAUCAAAAGGCUGACUCCCAACUACACUCUUGGCGCUAACGGCUAUGUGUUUGCUAUUGACCUGAACGGCUAUGUGUUGCUACAUCCCAACCUCAAGCCCCAGACUACCAACUUCCGAGAGCCUGUGACCCUGGACUUCCUGGAUGCAGAGCUGGAAGAUGAGAACAAGGAGGAGAUCCGUCGCAGCAUGAUUGAUGGCAACAAGGGCCACAAGCAGAUCAGAACAUUGGUCAAGUCCCUGGAUGAGAGGUACAUAGAUGAGGUGAUUCGGAACUACACCUGGGUGCCUAUAAGGAGCACCAAUUACAGCCUGGGGCUGGUGCUCCCACCCUACAGCACCUUCUACCUCCAAGCCAACCUCAGCGACCAGAUCCUGCAGGUCAAGUUGCCAAUCAGCAAACUGAAGGAUUUUGAGUUCCUGCUCCCAAGCAGCUUUGAGUCUGAAGGACAUGUUUUCAUUGCUCCCAGAGAGUAUUGCAAGGACCUGAAUGCCUCAGACAACAACACUGAAUUCCUAAAAAACUUCAUUGAGCUCAUGGAGAAAGUGACUCCAGACUCUAAGCAGUGCAAUAACUUCCUUCUGCAUAACUUGAUUUUGGACACGGGCAUUACACAGCAGUUAGUAGAACGUGUGUGGCGGGAUCAAGAUCUCAACACGUACAGCCUGCUAGCUGUAUUUGCUGCCACGGAUGGUGGCAUCACACGUGUCUUCCCCAACAAGGCAGCCGAAGACUGGACAGAGAACCCCGAACCCUUCAAUGCCAGCUUCUACCGCCGCAGCCUGGAUAACCAUGGUUAUGUCUUCAAGCCCCCACACCAGGACUCCCUGUUAAGACCACUGGAGCUGGAGAAUGACACAGUGGGCGUCCUCGUCAGCACCGCUGUGGAGCUGAGUCUAGGUCGUCGCACACUGAGGCCAGCAGUGGUGGGUGUCAAGCUGGACCUAGAGGCUUGGGCCGAAAAGUUCAAGGUGCUUGCCAGCAACCGCACCCAUCAGGACCAUCCUCAGAAGGUAUUUGGGUAGGGGAAGGGGAGUAAGCCCAGUAGUGUCUUCUCUGGAGACCUACUCUGUGUCCUCAUCGAUGACGGAGGAUUCCUGGUACUGUCAAACCAGAACCAUCAGUGGGACCAGGUUGGCAGAUUCUUCAGUGAGGUGGAUGCCAACCUGAUGCUGGCACUCUACAAUAACUCCUUCUACACCCGGAAGGAAUCCUAUGACUACCAGGCAGCCUGUGCUCCCCAGCCUCCUGGCAACCUGGGUGCUGCACCCCGGGGUGUCUUUGUGCCCACCAUCGCAGACUUCCUCAACUUGGCCUGGUGGACCUCUGCUGCCGCCUGGUCCUUAUUUCAGCAGCUGCUCUACGGCCUCAUCUACCACAGCUGGUUCCAGGCAGACCCGGCAGAAGCCGAGGGCAGCCCCGAGACGCGCGAGAGCAGCUGCGUCAUGAAACAGACCCAGUACUACUUCGGCUCGGUGAACGCGUCCUAUAACGCCAUCAUCGACUGCGGAAACUGCAGCAGACUGUUCCACGCGCAGAGACUGACCAACACCAACCUUCUGUUCCUGACCCCGCCCUCCCCGCUGCCCACGCCCCUCCUCCCCGGUGCUCCCCUCCGCGUGCUCCCCGGUGCUGCGCCCUCCUCCUUGACUCCCCACCCAUGCCCAGCGGACGGCCCGGAGCAGUGUGAGCUGGUCCAGAGACCGCGGUACCGGAGAGGCCCCCACAUCUGUUUUGACUACAACGCGACGGAAGAUACCUCAGACUGUGGCCGCGGAGCCUCCUUCCCGCCGUCGCUGGGCAUCCUGGUUUCCCUGCAGCUACUGCUCCUCCUGGGCCUGCCGCCUCGGCCGCAGCCUCAAGUCCACUCCUUUGCUGCCUCUCGCCGCCUCUGAGCGACACACACACACACACACACACACACACACACACACUCACUCACACACACACACCCCAAACCCCCGCCUUGGCCUCCUACCCUUUCGCUCACCCUCCCAUCCCCGCAUCCCACAUUCCCCAACCUGACGCCUGGGCCACUCCCUCACUGAAGGACCUGGGCCCCUCCCCUCAGAGCCUGUGCCUUGGGGGCAGGGGAACCCCAAAGUAGGGUGUCAUGGUGUUUGGCACUCAAGAUUUAUCUCGCCCCUGAACUGUCCAAGUGCCCGAAGGUCCCCCCCCCCCCGACUCAUCCCCUUGGGCUGGGGGAGGGAGGCCAUAUGUGCUGGAGCCAAACCAGGCCUCCACCGACCAACCUGCCUGGAGAUUUCCUCUUUGUAGGCACCCCUGCCUCUGCUGGGUGCCUCUAACCUGACCCUACGGCCCCACCCAUGCCCAAACUUACCUUCUCUGGGGGAAAAUGGAAGAAGGUGAGAUGGUAGUGGUGAGAGACAGAUUCUGGGGCAGCCCCCCACAGGCUCCUGCUCCUUCCAGGCCUGCAACCACAGACCCACACACACCCCACUCUGGCAGGUGGCAGGACAGCCUCACAAUGACAUCAGUUUAGAGACACCCCAUACACACCUGGACCCCUGAGAGCAGAAACUGGAUUCUCACUAGACACACCCCAGAGGGAACACACACACAGACACAGACACACACUAUGGGGGUGGGGGGGACCCACAAAGCCUUACGCAGGGCAAGAAGUCAGUGAGAGGAUACGCCUGUGCAUUUCAUCUCUGUUCGCCUCUGCCUCGGCUCAGAGAUGCAGCCCGGCUGGUCCUCCCAUCUAAAGCUGAAUGUCAAACAGUGCCAAACGCUGGGGGAAGGCCUCUUUGUUUCACCCCUAGCCACCAGUGUCCCUCAAGUGCCCCUCACCCUGCCAGGUGCUCAUUGUAACCAUUUCUCACUAGUGUCAGGCCCCGAGUAGGACCACACAUCACUGCCUGAACCCCUCCAGACAUUUGCUCUUUUCCUUAGCAGGAGUGACUUGAUCUCUCCUGGCUGGGCCAUCCCACCCCCAAUCUGGUUCUUACACACUCAGGCCUAACUCCCUCCUCUGUUCUUCACACACACACACACACACACACACACACACACUCCCCUAGGAGGCCAAAUUGUCCCUCCCUUGCUGAACACACAGUUCUACCGUGCACAUAGGUAAACCCUGCACACACAAAGGCUGGGCCUGGACAUCUCUUCACACCAUUCAUUCUCGUCAUUUCUCCCAAAGGCAUCCUAACCUGGGGGCCAGUAGGGGACUGAGGGCUGGGGGGUGUAGCCAUGAGGCUCACAUGGACUGGGAGGAGGGGGGAGGGUGAUGCAUUAAUUAAUGGCUUCGUUAAUUAAUGUCAUGUUGCUUGUUGCUUUCUCAGUGUGCGUAUGGUCCAUGCCCAGUGCUGAUGACAGGGUGGGUGUCCAUGAUGUGUGCCCGGCCUGGAUGUCAGCUAUGUCCUGUGGGGGCUCGUGUGUAACUGUAGUGUAGUCAGGUGCUCAAUGGAGAAUAUAAACAAAAAAAGAAACAAACGUAUACAGAAAAAUAAAUAUAUAUUUUAAGUUUAAAAACAACAAAAAACGGACAAAACAAUCCCCACCAGAUAGUUGUCCAUCCCCCAGCUGGGUUUGACCCUGUCAUCACCCACCUGACCUGGCUGUCCUCUCAACUUGGGCUGAGGGACUUGGGGGGCCAUUUCCUUUACUUUGCCCUUUUUUUUUUUUUUUUGGUUGUUAUUCUAUUUUGUACAGACAAGUUGGAAAAACAACAGCGACAAAAAAAAGUCGAGAAACUUUGUAAAAUAUCGUGUGUGUGAUUCCUUGUAAAAUAUUUUCAAAUGGUUUAUUACAGAAGAUCAGUUAUUAAAUAAUGUUCAUAUUUUCACUUCAAA